AACCUUAAAGCUUGGUUUCAUUAAUCAACCAGUUAGAUAUGAUAGGUUUUCACCUUAAUCUGAUCAAGCUACCAAGCUCAAGUCCACUAUAUAAAGCAUAGGUUGAGGCAGCACAGCAUGCACAAUACACACGGCAUAACUUUCUCAAUAUCUAGGUCAUGGCUUCUCUGACCAUGCCAACUCUCUCCUCCAACCUUGCCUAUUCCUCCUCUAUAGCACAUUUCAUCUCACUUGCAAAACCCACUCACCCAAAUCGCAAAACAGGCCCAAAACUUACAUGCAAUUCCACAAAAGGUGACCAAAACUCCAGUGAUCAUGACACUGCAGGCUCCAAAAAUGGAGAAACUUCUUUACUGAAGCUUGAUAGAAGAAAUGUGCUACUUGGCAUUGGAGGAGGGCUCUAUGGUGCCUCCACUUUUGGUGGCAAUCCAUCAGCCUUUGCAGCACCACUAUCUCCAACAUUCACAGCCUGUCACGAUGCCACUGACCCCGACUGCAAAGAAAUCGACUGUUGUCCACCCUCGGCCACGGCCGCGGAUAUCCCUGAUUUUGUUCCUACUGCUCCUUCUGUCAUCGCCACUAGACCUCCGGCGCAACUAGUCGACUCGACUUAUUUGAAAAAGUACAAGACGGCCAUAGAGAAAAUGAGGAAUCUAAGUUCGGAUGAUCCACGUAGUUUCACUGCACAAGCAAAUGUGCAUUGUGCAUAUUGUAACGGUGGAUACUAUCAAGAUGGCUAUGCAGAUUCUAAACUUCUAUUGGAUGUUCACAACUCAUGGCUCUUCUUUCCCUUUCACAGAUGGUACUUGUAUUUCUUCGAGAAGAUAUGCCAAAACAUGGUCGAUGACGAUACUUUUGCACUUCCCUUUUGGAACUGGGAUAAUCCACCUGGGAUGUUUCUGCCAGCCAUUUUCAAAGACUCCUCAUCCUCACUCUAUGAUAGCUUACGCAAUCCCUCUCACCUAAAUACAGUUCUUGAUCUGUCCUAUGAAGGCACUGAUUCAACGGAUAGUACCAUAACAGUGAUAAGAAACAAUCUCUACCUCAUGUACAAGCAAAUGGUUACUCAGUCCACAACUCCAUUGAGUUUCUUCGGAAAAGCGUUUCGUGCUGGUGAAACAUCUGAUCCAGGAGAGGGUUCAAUUGAAACUAGUCCUCAUACGAAUGUGCACCGUUGGACCGGCGACCCUAAUGAAUCUCAUGGCGAGAACAUGGGCUCCUUCUACUCAGCGGGAAGAGACCCAGUCUUUUAUAGUCAUCAUGCCAACGUUGAUAGAAUGUGGUCUCUUUGGAACUCUUUAGGAGGCCAGAACUUCACUGAUUCAGACUGGUUAAACUCCAGUUUCUAUUUCUACAACGAACAGGCAAAGCCUGUAAAGGUUUACGUGAAAGACUGUUUGGACACCUCAGUUCUUGGAUACACUUAUCAAACUGUGGAUAUCCCCUGGCUGAAUAGUAAGCCAAGCCCGCGUAGGACGGCUAUCGCAUUACCAACAGCUCCUACUCCAAGUCAAGUGUUUCCAACGACCCUGGAGAAAGCUAUAACUGUUCUGGUGAAAAGGCCAAAGAAGAAGAGGACCAAGAAGGAGAAGCAGAGGGCAGAGGAAGUUCUGGAGAUAUCUGGGAUCCAGUACAAUAUUGGAGAGUUUGUCAAGUUUGAUGUGUACAUCAAUGAAGAUACUCCGGACGAGAGCGGGCCGGAGAAGACUGAGCUUGUGGGGAGCUUCAUCAACGUGCCUCAUGGACAUUCCAUGAUUUCUACUACUACUAAGAGUUUUGCUAUAUCUGAAGUUUUGCAGGAAUUGGGAGCUGAUGAGUUUGAGAGCAUCUUGGUUACUUUGGUCCCCAAGAGUAGCACUGUUACCAUCUCCGGAGUCAAGAUCAAGUUUGAUAACACCAAGGUGUCUGCAUGAGAUUUUAAAAAAAAAAUUUAAUGGUGUGCUUCAUAUAUGUGUGUCUUGCAUGCUGUUUUUUGUUUCAGAUGUUGUGAUUUCUGUGUCCUCCCUCAACCAAUUAGGGCCUUGAAUCUACCUUUAUUUCCUUUUGAUAUGGUUCGGAAAGCUAUCUUAUCUUACCGGAUCAUGCAUGAGGAGUACUGUGAUGUGUCUACCUAAAUAAACCUGCAUGGGGAUUGUGAAUUGUGAUAUACCUGUCUAAAUAAACCCCGAAAGGCAGUGAGGGAAAGAAAAGAAGAAUGCAGUAUUUGCACCCUUCUUUUUUCUGUUGUUAAA